UCAUGCUGUCUUCCUGUUAUGGUCAGCUCUGCUUCCUCAUUUAGUGAAUCAAGAAAAAUAAAAAAGAAUUCUAAGUACAAAGAUCAUGGACGUGCUUUCUAUCUUCAUUCUAAUGACUCUGGUAGGAAAAUGUCAAGGGAACAUUUAUCUAAUUUAUCGAGGGGAAAAAGAAGAUAUAUCCCUACAAUGUAAAGGAAGUUUUUGGCAGAUUGACCUAGAUCAAGACAACAAGGUGGAUUGCACUUUUAAUUACACUGCUAAUGACAAUAAGAAGACAUGUAACCAGGAUUUGGGGAAGAACAUAACACUUGAACUAGAAGAAAAAUCCUGCAUAAAUCUAAGUAUUGAACAAUGUUUUUAUAUGAAAUUGGAAAGAAACAUCACUGGAUUUUUUGCGUGUUUCCGCAAUGUCCAAUCAAUUGAUGGAUACCUAUUCCCCUUUAAACCAUCAAAAGAUCUAGUGGCUUUUUAUAUUGUGGCAUUUAUUGAAUCAGAGAUGGUGAUACCUGACCCUGGUGUGGAAACUAAAACUGUUACCAAACAGCAUGGAGAAACAGUCAACCUUACAUGUCAUUUCACAAUAGCCAAACAUUUUUCUAACAUGCCAUUCUCAGUGUACUGGAUCAAGAACUUCAGCGGAAAUAAUUGCACUUGUCUUCAUUCUUAUUCUUUUGAUACUAAUGUUGGACCAUCAUAUAACCACCAUUGUCUCAUUGAUGAGGCCCUGCUGAAUAAAAUGUCAAAUACUUCAUCUACACCCCUAACAAACCCUCACUUUCAUAACCUUAAGAUCAGCAAUGCCACAUAUUCAGACAGCGGACAGUAUUUGUGUGCCUUACAGGUGCUUAAAGGUAAAAAAGGGCACUGGAAGGUAAUAACUAAUAUCACAGUCACUGUGAAUGGAGAAUUCAACAACCACACCAACAGGAAUGACACAGCCCUGUUAGAUACACCUGGGGUUCCUUACAUACCACUGUAUGUAGUAGGAGCCCUGUUCUUCUCCUGCCUGUUUGUUACUGCCAUUGUCAUUGUCAUGACGAAAAAUACCAAGAUUUCGCAAGCAGAAUCUCACACUCUGAGGAUGAAAAGAGACCAAGAUGGAGAGGAGACACUUGACUCAGACUGCUCCCCAUACGCUGAGGGCAGAGGAGAGGAGGAGGGGCCCUACUCACUUGUGAAGCUGACUGAAGUGAGAGAUCCUGUGACUGCCCAGAACGGGGCUGAGGAACAUGCUGCUGUUGCUGCCGAGCCUUAUUCUGUAGUCAUGUUCAAUACUGAGUAUGAGGCCUUUGACCCCCAGGCCAUUCAGACACCAUCCACCUGACCACCUCAGGAUUGGAGCGAAAGUAUGAGUUACUAACAACCAUUAGUUACUCAUAUCAUGUAGAUAAAGUUAGAUAAAGAUAAUGUUUUCAUGAUUGGUCCUUCAUAUUGUGUUUAGACCAAGGUUGGGAUGGGGCCACCAGGGGUUUGUUUGGGAUGGAGGGUGGGAGGGGUUGAGUGUUGGUAAAAAAAAUAUUUUGUGAUUCUUAUUGAUUGUACAGGUUAUGUGACUCAAUAAAAAAGUUAGUUCACAAAAAUUAAGUUAAAUUAAAGAGAAAAGGAGGAUUUACUUUAUUUUUUGAUUGAAUGUUUUUGUGCUCACUCAUGCUGGACUGAAUAUUUUCACUAGAUGGUGCUAGUGCUCAGUCCUACAGUUGUGCUUACUGUUUCUCUGAUAUUGUGUGAUAUGUGUGAUUGCCUAAUUAUUAUGUAACAUUGAAUAAACAUUGCAUAAAUCAAA